AAAAAAAAAUCAAAUUGACGCCAAAACCAAAGCCGCCAUUAUUGUGAAAUAUUUUUUCAAAAUAUAUUUCACGUGCUCAUAUUGAGUGCAGGUAGAAAAAGAACAUAAAUAAGUAAAUAUUGUAUAAAUCAUGGCCGACAACGACGAUCUUCUCGACUACGAAGAUGAAGAACAGGCAGAUCAGCAGACCGCUGACGGGGCUACAGAAGCGGCGCCAAAGAAAGAGGUUAAGGGAUCCUACGUAUCUAUUCACAGUUCUGGAUUUAGAGAUUUCCUGUUAAAACCCGAGAUUUUGCGCGCUAUCGUCGAUUGCGGUUUUGAGCAUCCUUCAGAAGUACAGCAUGAAUGUAUUCCGCAAGCCGUCCUUGGUAUGGACAUAUUGUGCCAAGCCAAGUCCGGUAUGGGAAAAACCGCCGUGUUUGUGUUGGCGACGCUACAGCAGCUUGAACCAUCUGAAAACCACGUAUAUGUGCUCGUUAUGUGCCACACUAGAGAAUUAGCCUUCCAAAUUAGCAAGGAAUACGAGCGUUUUUCAAAGUACAUGGCCGGCGUUCGUGUAUCAGUAUUUUUUGGUGGAAUGCCGGUACAGAAAGAUGAAGAAGUGCUCAAAACUGCCUGCCCACACAUUGUCGUCGGUACGCCCGGAAGAAUUUUGGCUUUGGUAAACAGCAAAAAACUUAAUCUAAAACACUUGAAGCACUUCAUCCUCGACGAAUGUGAUAAGAUGCUUGAAUCUCUAGACAUGAGACGCGACGUGCAAGAGAUAUUCCGGAACACCCCUCAUGGUAAGCAAGUGAUGAUGUUUUCGGCGACCUUGAGCAAAGAGAUCCGGCCGGUAUGCAAGAAGUUCAUGCAGGACCCUAUGGAAGUCUAUGUAGAUGAUGAAGCCAAGUUGACAUUGCAUGGAUUGCAGCAACAUUAUGUCAAACUCAAGGAGAAUGAGAAAAACAAGAAGCUGUUUGAACUACUGGAUGUACUGGAGUUCAACCAAGUUGUGAUAUUUGUGAAGUCUGUGCAACGCUGCAUAGCUUUAGCUCAAUUGUUAACUGAUCAGAACUUCCCUGCUAUUGGUAUCCAUAGAAACAUGACCCAAGAUGAGCGUCUGUCACGCUACCAGCAAUUCAAGGAGUUCCAGAAGAGGAUCUUAGUUGCCACCAACUUGUUUGGCAGAGGAAUGGAUAUUGAACGAGUCAACAUAGUGUUUAAUUACGAUAUGCCUGAAGAUUCCGACACCUACCUCCACCGUGUGGCAAGAGCUGGCCGAUUUGGUACCAAAGGUUUAGCUAUAACUAUGGUAUCUGAUGAGAAUGAUGCCAAAAUUCUCAAUGAAGUUCAAGACCGCUUUGAUGUCAACAUAACAGAGCUUCCAGAAGAAAUUGAGCUAUCAACUUACAUUGAAGGCCGAUAAACAACAAACCUCUCAUUCCUUUUGUACCAGUGUGACUUUUUGAAUGCCAUGCAACCCAUUACAUAUUGACUAAGAAUCAUAUGCAGGAAAAAAUUUAAUUUACCAGUUAUAUUGAUUGAUAUAAUACUUUUUUUUUGACUUGGAAGCAGUAGGCAUUCAAAAAGUAGUUUGUCUAUGCAAGUGUGUUUCAGAUUAUUCGACUAAGAUAAUGUUCACUUUUCUGGAAUGAAACAGUCUAUGGUUUGGUUUCAUUAACUAUUCAUUACCAGAUGAGUAACCCUAGGUUAAAGAUUAAUUAAAGUAACAUUUCAUAUUGUAA